UGCCAUUUCGUUAUUUUUACCAGCUUUACCUACUUAUGUCUGUAUGUAUGAGCAAUAUCUUCCCCACUUAACUAAUGGUCGAACGGUUCCGAUGACCACAGACACGGCACUACAAAAACACUCUCGACGGCUGAUAACACCUGAUUAGCGAUAUCGAAGUAGGAUAUUGCGUUUUCGGCCGUUGCGUUGGUCAUUGUUAAUCAGUUUUUCCGUCAAAUGUGAUAAACGACUAUGGAAAUAGUAAAUAAAUUAAUUAAAGAACGUGAUAAAAAUAUGAUACUGGCACAACCCAGUCAGCACCAAAGCAGUAAAGUGUCCAGUCUAUAAGCAACAAAUUACAGCAACAUUGUGCAAAAUAUUUCAGAACUGUGUGUGAAAAAUAUACAAAUGAGUGAAGAGUAAGGAAAGAAUUUGAAUAUAAAAAAAAUAUAAAAAAGUUAUAACCCAUAAAUAACAACUAAAGUGUUACAAACAACAAAAAAUUUAAUAAAAGUUAAGUGAAAUAACAAAUAAAAAAAUAAUAUUUUCAAUUAAAACACACCAACUAAUAAUAAAAAAAUAAAUAAUUACAAAAAACUACUGUUAAAAUUAAAUAUAUAAUUUAAAUCACUGAAACAACAACAAAAAUUUUCUGCAUAUAAUUAAUAAAUUGAGAACAGUGAAUUUAUUACAGCUACAUAAACAAAAAUAUAUAAUAGCAAAAUCAGUAUAUUUAAAAAUAUAUUAAAAUCCAUGGAAUUUUCAAAAAUUGUUAAAAGCAAAGAUUUUCUAAAGUAAAAUAAAAAGAAAACUCAAGAAAUCUCCUAGCUGGGCUAGCAAUGUUUAUCUGAAAAUACAAAUUAAGUGAAAGUCAAAAAAAUAUAAAUUGAUUUCUGUAAAAUCGGAAAGAUUUCAACAACUAAAUAGCAAGCGAAUUCACUUGUUUAACUGUAAGCAAAAAAAACUGCUAACAAAUUAAGUGAAAAGCAACAAAUUUGUAAUAAAUUUAAUUGUUAUUCUUAAACCACACAAGUUUCAUAUAAUAAUAAGAAUAAAAAUAGAAAAAAAUAUUUGAGAAUUAUAACAUAAAUAUAAAAUUAUUAAAUAAAAAAAAGAUUUUUCACGCAUGAAUUCGAAAGCAUUUUUCCAACUCUACUUAAUGAAAGUGCUUAAGUUACUACUAAGCUUAAGUUACCAAUAAAAAAUAUUUAAAAAUAUAUAUAUCGAAAAUAUAUAGCAAAAAGCAACAUAAAGUGUUUGAGUUGUAAAAAAAAUUGUAAUUAAGUGGAUAUAUGUAAGUGAAAGAAAAUUUUAAUAAUCGCGCGCAGUGCAAAUUCAGUGAGGAGAAAUUUCAUAAAUAUAACAAAAUUAAAUUAUCCGUUGCCACUGGGCCAAGCAAAAAUAAUUAUAAAAUAAUUGCAUUAUAUUGCGCGUCAGUGUGUUUAUUCAUUCAACAGCAUUCAAUUAACAGCAGCAGCAGUAAGCAGCCAAAUCAGUCAAGAUGCUUUUCGAGAAUCCCGCAUUAGCCGCCAAACUACCAUUCCCGUACAAUGUGCCACCACCGUUACAGGCGGCCGCCGCAGCAGCAGCGGUUCCAAAUCUAAGGUUUCAGACACCAAUAAAAGCCUUCACCUGCCUGACAACAGCAAGCAAUCCCAUUGAUAAUGCUGCUGCAGCUGCAGCCGCAGCCGCUGCUGGACUCAUCGAUCAACAACACCGUGACCUACACAAUGUGCUGGUCAAUGCUGCGGCUGUAAAUGGUACAUUGACCAAUACAGCAGCUGCAGUUCUAAAGAGUCAAUCGGCUCAACAGCAACAACAGAAUAGCGCCGCUCAACAGACUGCUCAAGCACAAGCCGCAGCAGCAGCAGCACAGGCGCAACAACAGUCACAGCAGAAUACUACAAAUAACAACGCUUCCGCACAACAACAACAGCAGCAACAACAACAGGCGCAACAAAACACCAUGGUACUGUUGAAUGGUAAUGCUGGAGCAGUUGCUGGUGGUAAUAAUGGCACCGCCAAUGGUGCUGUUGUAAAGGGCAGCUCUUCUGGCAGAUCGACGCCUGUUAAUGGCAGUUCCACCACAGAUCCAGCACCAGGCAAACUUUUUGUUGGCGGUCUCAGUUGGCAAACAUCGUCGGAAAAACUAAAGGAAUACUUUGGAGUUUUCGGCACCGUCACCGAUGUGCUAAUCAUGAAGGAUCCCGUGACACAGCGUAGUCGCGGCUUUGGUUUCAUUACAUUCCAAGAGCCCUGUAGCGUUGAUAAAGUCCUACAGGUGCCCAUACACACACUGGACGGCAAGAAAAUCGAUCCCAAGCAUGCCACACCCAAAAAUCGGCCACGCCAAGCUAAUAAAACAAAGAAGAUAUUCGUUGGUGGCGUCUCGCAGGACACCUCCGCUGAUGAGGUGAAAGCCUAUUUCAACCAAUUCGGCACUGUGGAGGAGACAGUGAUGCUGAUGGAUCAGCAGACGAAACGUCAUCGCGGCUUCGGUUUUGUGACAUUCGAAAAUGAGGAUGUUGUGGAUCGCGUUUGUGAAAUACACUUUCACACUAUUAAAAACAAGAAGGUCGAAUGCAAGAAAGCACAACCCAAGGAGGCUGUCACACCAGCUGCUGCACAGCUGUUGCAGAAACGUAUUAUGCUGAGCACAUUGGGUGUGCCUUUACCGACCGCACCGGGUCAAUUGAUUGGUACACGCGCCGGCGUCACCACAAUGAGCUCAUUGGCCAUGUUGCAAGCGCCAUCUCCAUUGCAACUGCAUGCCGCUAAUGGCGCUGCAGCAGCAGCUGCACAGCAGGCAGCGCUCAUCUCGCAGUCACCCUUCCAAGUACAAAAUGCCGCCGCCGCUGCGGUCGCCGCCAAUCCAGCUAGCUUUGGCAAAUUGCUAACCACAUAUCCACAGGCCUUGCACAGCGUCAGAUAUGCACCGUAUCCCAUACCGACGAGUGCUGCCGCCGCCAACGCCUUGGUACAGGCUCAGCAGCAACAUGUCGCGGCACAACAACAACAGCACGCGAAUGCUGCUGCCGCCGCUCAACAGCAACACACUGCCCAUGCUGCCGCCGCUGCUGCAGUACAGCAACACAACGCAGCCAGCCAACAAGGCGUGUCCGCUGCACAGAGCGCACACAACGCGCUCACCGUUACCGGCCCAGGUGGCGCAGCGAACGCGCACGGCGCCCAGGCGGCACAUCACCCGCUCGCCGCGGCCGCUGCACAGCAAGCAGCUUUGGUCGCCGGCAACCCAUUGAGCGCGGCCGCCGCCGCCGCCGCAGCCAAUCCAUAUCAGAGCUAUGCGCUAACCAAUGUGGACAUGUCCAGCUUUCAGGGCGUUGACUGGAGUCAAAUGUACGGCAUGGGCAUGUAUGUCUAAAGCGUAGCAUGCGAAUUGGAUUUAUUUCAAAAUUUAAAAGUACGAAUUGUGCGUUUUUUGUUUUGUUUUUUUCACCAAGCAAAUGGAGAGUGCAGAAGUAAAAAUACUCUUCAUUGGAAAAAAAGGAAAUAUAUUUAUAUUUAUAGCAAUAAAUCAAUGUCAUUCUCACUAAUGCAUGCGCGCUAAGCCACAAUACAUUUCUUUGAGCGCACGCUGUAAAUGGGUGUGUGCGCAUGUGCGUUGCAACAAUUACAACAAUUUGUGAUAAAUGCAGAGUUGUUUAUGUGGUAUGCUUGAGUAAUGAAUUUGUUAAUUAAUUUAUUGAGACGCGGACUACGACAUACAUUUUAAGUUCUCAAUAUCACCUUGAAUUAUAUUUAAACAAAAAGAAAAGAAGAAUAAAAACACACCACAAGUGUAUAAAAUGCUUAUUAUUAUCUUUAUUAUUACAUAUGUAUAUGAAUUUAAGCUCAAGUUAUGCGCGCGCUUCUUUGCUAGUUAUUUAGCUUAAGCCAACGUAAACAAAAAGCUCAUUUGCAAGCGCAAGUGCUGGGGCAAAGUGGCCAGAGUGCGCGAAAGACAUUUGUUUAGCAACAAAAAGAAAGAAUUAACGCGUUUUCUGUUGGUAAUUAAAGACACGCCAACGCAUAAAUUGCAAUAGUUCAUAAUUAUUUGAAAAGACAGACUCUAGAGAGUAUAGCAGCGCUAAACAGCUGAAAAUCUGAAAAUCUGCAGUGCUAUACGCAUAAUAAUUAAAGCUACAAACAUAUAAACAUACAUGUAUUUAGUUAUAAGUGACUCAAAGCAAUGAAUACAUACAUAUAUAUAAGGAAUUAUAAGAAAUUAAGGCGAAAUUUCGAUAUGCGCAACUUCUUAGUGGCUGCAAAUGGCAAUUUUACAUUUUGCGCGCGCAUUGCCUAAAAUGCAUUUGUCAAUUUCAGAAGUAAACUCAAUGACAUAUGUAAAUUGUGUAUUUGUUAUUGUUAAACAAAUGCCGUUCUUAAGUAUUAUUACGAAAACAAAAACUUAACAUUUUGUGUGCGCCGUUCGCAUUUGUCCUGCGCCCAAAUGACAUAAGCGCAUGUACUCAAUAAAAUAAUAAUAAUAAAAAUGUUGGAAAAUUAACAUAUAUAUUUAAUUUUAAGCAAAUAAACAGAGCAUUAAACGAAGUAGCAAAAACAACAAAAAAAGAACACAACAAAAAGUGGUAAAAGUAAUACCUACAAAUGUUAUAUCUCAUAAGUUAUAACCGAGUUGCAGGCAAAGUGAAAAAGUAAAAAAAAAAAAGAAAACAAAAACAAAAAAAGAUAUUACAAUUAAAGAAAAGCAUACAUAUAUUAAUAGUACUAAUCAUUAAACAUGACAUAACAUUGCAUAUAACAAUAAUUAUAUAAAUAAUGAGAAUUAGAAUUUUAAACCACCGACUUGAUUGCGUUUAAUUUAGAUAAACAUGACAACAACAACAAAACAAAAUACAUACUACACACAAUUUAACGCAUAUAUAAUCAUAUACAUGCCAAUUACAUGCAUACAUACCGACAUGACCUACAAGUAGUUUUACGUACAUACAUACAUAAUAUGUAUAGUAUAUGUGCCGUUAACUGAAUUGCGGCGAAAAUAUAGUAGUUAUGAACACUUUCCUAAUGAAAUUAUACAUUUAAGCGAGAUAUUCAGAGUUCAUAUGAGCACCUCACUUAUUUUUCAUUCUCAAAAAGAUCGUUUUGUGUUCGUUUGAUUCCCCAAAGCGGUCUGGGUACAGGAGAAACUCCACUGAAAGUGGCGCAAAUGCUCCAAAUGAAUUACAUAUAUUUUCUAAGCAAACUAGUAACUGCUGUAGAGCGCUACUAUUUCAAAAAAAGUUGAAAAAUGUCGCUACAUUAAAUUGGACAAUUCGAACACAAGCUUUGAAAGGGUGUUUUCUUAUUUUCAUAUUUUACUCAUAUAUUGACUGACCAAAAAUCGAAUUUUACGCAAAAUUUUUGCAGCCGUGAAUUUUUGUUGCUGCCGUGUACUUCAGAAAACUGGUUUUAAUAUCGAAUUUCAAAACCAGUAUUUUUCAAAAGUAAAAAAUGCUUAUUUUUUUUACAAGUUUUCAGUGAAUACUGUAAAUAUGUUUGCAAAAACAGCCCGAAGAAAGUAAAUUUUAAUAAUUAAAAGCACCCAAAGCAAAGUAUAAGCAAUACUCAACACUCUCGCCUGCAUGUUGUGGUUUUCUAUGGCGGAAGAGAUCUUUAAGAAAAGCUUUAAAAGCCAUUAAAAUAAAUUCAAAUUGAACAUACAUAUACCAACCUAUUUGAAUUAGCAUAAAUUAUUACUCACAUAAAAACCGCUGUUUUGAACACCUUUUCUACGAAAUUUUUGCUACAUCUGUUGCUCACACCUCGAAACAUGGCUUAUACACAUACAUACAUACAUAUAUAAUACCUGCAGUAAACCCUACUUUUGUAUAUAAAAUAAUAAAACAAAAAUCUUAAUACCAUAAACACCACCUAAUACAUACCGUUUCCAUACUAGAAAUUUGUAUUUAGUGUGCUUAGUUUAGUAUUUCCUUUGAUAAUACUUUUUCAUAACAAAAUAGUUUAAUAAAUACUUUAGACAUACAUAUGUAUGAAGUGAAUAAAUAUUGUAAUUGCUUGCCCAUUACUAUUAUUUGAAUUUAUUAUAACAAAACAUAAACAAAAUCAAUAACUUAUAUAUCGUUGAAGCCUACAAAUAAAUUACAAUGAUAUUAAAACUUAUAAAUAUUAGCAAUGAACGGCAGUAAAAGCUCCGUGCUUAUAAGUUCCAAGUUCAACGAAGCAUAAGCGAAUGUUUUAUGAUUUAUUUCGAAUUUUCAUUUCAAUAUUAUUAGUGUUAGUUUUAAAAAACAUUCAUUAUUUUUAAUUUCUUUAAAAAAAUUAAUUAUUUUUGCACAUUUAUAGUACCGCCUGUAUUCGUAUGUAGCUUUUUUGGUUUAAAUUUGCACAAUUUGCAUUUUAUUUUGGCGAAUAAGUUUGAUUUUUUAUUUGGUUUUCCACUUAAGCACUAACAGUACUUAACAAUCGAAAGGUUUUUUUAGAGCUGUCCGGCGAAUAUGUUGCAUAAAGAGUGGUGUUUUAAACGAAAGUGAGAAUUUUUUAAAAAAUAUUUGAAAGAAUCCCGUAAACAAUCAAAUAAUUAUAUAAUUAAUUAUAAAAAAUAAUUUUAACAGCACUUUUUGCUUUUCUUUAACUUUACUUCGAGGACCGUAAGUCUACAGCAACCCUUUACGCUAAUACUUAAGCGCAAUUAACACUUAUUAUUGUCAUAAUUAUUAUACUUAUAGCCUUAGUACAACUUAUGCAUUUUACGUAAGGACAGGUAUUUCAUAUUAUUUUCUUUGGUUUUAUAUUUGUUUUGCAGUUAUUUGUAAGCGGUUUGAAUACAUAGUACAUACAUUUUUACGAAAUAAUUAUUUUCGUUUAUAAAUAACUAAGAAAAGAAAAUAAUAAAUAUUUUUAAUUAUUACUAUUAUUAAUUUGUUGGUUAAACAAAUAUUAACUAAUUACAUUUAUCGCUAACUUAAUUGCAUAAAUACCACAUACACAUAUAUUAAUAUAUGCACACUGGUGUCAUCAACAUACUUUUAAAACAUACAUACAUAUACAUAUACAUAUACAUUGAAAUCACUCAUCAAGGAUUUUUAGCAUAUAAACGUAGUAAUUACGAAUUGUAAUAUUUUAAUUGUCAUAAUUUGCCAGAAUGUACAAAUAUUCUUUGACAUUUCAGCAGCAGAAAGUAUUACUAGCUUAAGCUUGCGCCUGCGCAGGCAUUCUGAGGUUAGUUCUGUAACGUAAAGGUACAAUUUCACGCAUACACAUACAUAUAAAGGUCUAUGCUGUUUUUUCCUCUUUCGAAAAAUUACACUUCAACUGCGAAAUUUUCAUUUGAGUGGAAAUUUGUUGGUUUAAAAACGUUGGAAAAAUUUUCAAAUCCAAAAAAAUUAAAGUCAUCGUCAAAUUUGCGAAAUCAUAAAUUUAAAUUAAUUUAAAAUUUGUUUUUUAAAGCAGAAGAGUUUUUUGAAAUAGCAAAAAGCAACAAAUAAACAGUUACAUAUAUUUGAUAACUCUAUUGUCUAACUACUCUAUGAAAUCCUGAACUUUCUUCUAUCGUUUCUUGUUUGUCGUUUAUUUGCAGUAUUUUCUCUUAUAGUUUGCUUAAAUAAGAGUUGUAUACACAUUUAUGUAUUUAUGUACAAACAUUUCAUUUUUAGCUCUUAUUUUUUGACAAUUUAUUUUAAAGCGUUGAACAAAGUUUUUUUGUAUUUUUUGUAAUUUUUAUAUUUUUCCAUAAAAAUUUUCUGCAUGCUGUUUAUCUAAUUUUGAACACUAUAAAAACACAAUAUAAAAAAAGUUAAUUUUUAGGGUUUUGAAAACUAACCCAGAAUUUAGUAAAAAAAAAAUUUUUUGACAAAAUUUGAAAUAUUUCUAAUUGUGGCCAGGUUUGUACUAAAAAUCAAAAAUUAUUGUCCUCUUUGCUUCUAAACCCUAGUUCAAUAAUUUUUAAACUUCAGAAACAGAUAUUGCAACCAAAUUUGUGUUUAAAAUUUAGCAUUACAAUUUAGUACUAAAAAUUAUUUCAGCGCUAAAAUUUCAUCACUUUGCAGUGCUUGCAACAGAAAUAAUAUAAUUAGCAUAAUUUUUUAUCACAUAUUUUUUUUAUUAAAAAACCUAACCUCUAAAAUCUUUAAGCAGAAUUAAAAUUCAUGUUCAACUUUAGCAUUUUUCUACUUAAACAAGUAUUUCCUGUCCACAACUGCACCCUCAUGUUCACAUUUAGUUUCAAAACUUAGAGAACAGUUUUGCUUAAAAGAAUUUUAGGUUAAGUAAAAUCAAAAAUCACAUUAAAAUAGUGUAUACAUAUACUAUAUGUACAUGCACACCACCCACAUUCAUUGCUAACUCAUUCAAUCACUUACAACAACGUAAUAAAUUGGAAAUUUUCGUUUAGUAAACUUGUUGCACAUUUUGUAUUAGUAAAUUUUUGUUUUGCAAAAUCUAUUUGCCACAAGCAGAGUAAAAUAUAAUAUUACAUAAACACAUACAUACAUAUAUACUAUAACCUAUGUACUAUGAUUUGAACUAGAAAGUAAAUUGAAGUUGUCUGCAUGUCUAGUUUUGGCUUAGACAGAAAUAAGUACAUAUAAAUAAAUAUUGAAUAUUUUUAGUUUUCGAUUUUCGAUUUGUAAAACUUAGUUUUUAGUGUUUACUUACGUAUUUGUUUCUAGUUUUAGUUUUACUUACUUACUUAUAUUGAAUAUGUUUUUUUCAUGGUCAAGUAUUUUUGUUGUAUGAAUUUGAUGAAAAUUUUAAGUUUUGAUUUCUUUAGUAUUCGUCUAUUUCUUAGUUGAUAUUGAAUAUUUCAUGCAUUGUAAAUAAUUUGGAAAACUUUUGUGAAAUAAAUUUGAGUAAAAAAGUAUGCAAAAGACCUACAUUUAUUUGAAGCUACAUACCUACUACAUAACUACAUAUGUUCUAGUUGUAUACAAUUUGGCUAAACCAAUAAUCAGUAAAUGAAUAUUUGGAUUACAUAAUUAUAUAUCAACAUACAUAUUUCGUGCGUUAAUACUAUUAUGAGUACAUACAUACAAUAUAUUUGCAUUCAAAUUGAAUUGCCAACUUAUUAUUACGGCUAUCGCAUACAUAUAUAUUAUACAUACUCUCUAGUAUAUAUAUAUAUAUAAAUAUUUAUAUAUUAAGCAGCAAAUUAAUAAAAGCGAAAAUGUAAUUUUGUACUGUGUUUUUAUUACAGUUAAUCGUAUAUUUGUAAAAAUUAGUGAUUUGUUUGGUAUUUAGUCUGAAGCAUAUAUAAUUCCUUAGUUGUGUGUGCGUGUGUGUGUGUGUGUUUGCGCAUACACUCCUACAUACUGUUGUUGUCUGUUUGGCCUACUGUACAUAUAUUUAUUUUUAUUAGCUGUUGUUGUUGUGUUGUUAGAAAAUUUAACCUUUUCUCUUUAGUAUUUUUAGUAUUGAAAACAAAACAAAGAAAACAAAAAUUUUGGUGAACGACAUUUUGAAACCCCAUUUGAUUAUGUAAUUCAUAAUGAAAGUUGCAUUAGAUUGUUUUUCCAUUAAACUCUUAAGCAGCGUUUGGGCGAGCGAAAGGUAAGUGUUCAUAAUAAACUUGUAUUUGUAUGUAAUAAUAAGUAUCUACUUGUAGAGGCGUUGGAACCCUGAGCAAAUAGUCGCAAAACUGUAGAGUAAUGUACAAAACGAGUAUUUUUUUUUAUUAAUUACAUUUAAUACUUUUUAUAUUCCCUAUGCAUUGGUAAUUAUCAAUAAAAAAAAUAUAGAAAAAAAUACAAAAAUUGGUUAAGUGUAUAUUGUUAUUGUUUUUCUUUUCUUUUUCAACAGCAGACGCGGCGCAUGCCAUUGAGCGUUGGGUAUGAUAUGACUGGGAAGGAAAUGUGUUUGAGCGCAAUUCUGUAACAUUUUGGCAAAUUAACCUAUUUGAGUUUGGCACUUUUUGAUUGAAGCGGCAAAAUUAAUAUUCAAAAAGUUUUUAUCACAAGAAAAAAUAUUCAAAAAUAAAAAAUAUUUUAUUUUUAAUAUUGGCAAUAAAAAAUCGAAUCGAAAAAAUAUGAAUAAAUUAAAAAUAAUAAUUGUUAAUAUUGACAAUAAAAAAUUGAAUUUUACGAAAUCUUUAAUAUUGAAAUUAUGUCAAAAAAGCAAUUAUCGUUUUUUUACAAAAAACAAUAAGAUUUUCAAAAGUUUUUACAGAAAAAAAAUACUUUCAAGUUCGUUUUACAAAAAAAUAAUAAAAUUUUAAAUAUUGUAAAAUCAUUUAUGUAAAUUACUAAACAAAUAUGUUUUUCGCUCAGAAAUUUCUUGCAAAAACAUUAAAUAUUAUUUUUAAAGCUAUGUCUUAUUUAUUAUUACCUUAAAACGGAACAAUUUCGGGCAGCCUUUGCAAAAAGUUGCUAAACUCAAAUAUGUUGCUUUGUCAAAUAUAAAAAAAUAUAUAUAUUAAAUUCAGUUUUAUAUGGUAAAUAUCUGAAAACUGCAUAUUCUUAAGCAUUUGUAGUAUUUUAAAUCAUUUAGACUGUAACAAUUAGCGUAGAUUUUUGAAUACCUUCAUCUGUGCGCGUUUUCAGAACGUUAGUUACAUAUUUUUUUGUUUAAAAAUAACUGUAGCUGUUUGCCACUAACAUUUUGUUGCGUACAUUGUUGUUUUUGGUUGUGUACAAAUUAGUUCUAGUUUAACAGUAUUUAUUUUAGUAAGUUUAGUUUUUUAUGUAUUUAUUAAUGUUUUGUACUUAUUAUUAUUUGUUUUUUGUACUGAUAACUAUUUUUUUUUAUUUAUUUAAUUAAUUUAUUACUUUUAUAGUUUAAAUAGCUUGUACUUUUUAAGCUGUAUUUACUGUAAAAAGUAUAUUUUUCCACAAUUGAUUUACAAUAUUUAAGCCAAAGACAUUCCACAAAACUGCCUGCAAGACAUUCUACGAAUUUUGUCUCAAUUUAACUCUGUUUUUAUGAAUUUUAACAACAUAAACUUAAAUUUUGGAUUUUUUUAAUUUAUUAAUCUGUUCGUCAUGAUAUUUGUACUAUUUAUACAUAAUGUAAAAAUUUUAACUUCGAGAUCAUGUUGUCGAAUACAAAAUUAACAUUUUUUGCAAUUAAAUGAAAAUAUAUAUAUUUGUACGAAAGCUGUUGCUGAUGUCGUCGCCAUAAUUUUGCAUAUGUUUCAUUAUUUUUAUUAUUUUAAAAUACAAGCCAAAAAUAUUCUUCAUUUAUAUUUAUUUAUUUUAGCAUUUUGGUUGAACUUGUUACAUUUAUUGCAGUUCAAUUAUAAAUAAAUUAGAAAAAAAAAUAUAGAAUUUCAAAAUAUUUUGAAAUGAAAAUCGCAAAGCUCCAAUAAAAUAUUCAUAGAAUCCAAUGAUCUCGUAUUAUUUAAGUUCAAAAUAUUUGUUGUAGUUUUAAGUAAAAAAAGUUCUGUUUUUGACUUUUUAUAUCCAAAGGCAAACAUAUAUACAUACAUAUGUAUAGAUAUAAAAUAUUGCAAGUGUAAAAACAGUCAAAUAAGUUUAACAAACAAUAUACAUAUGUACAUAUGUAUGCACACAAUUUCAGUUGAAAUUAUUAUCAUUAUCUUAUACUUAUGCCAUUCCACUUUUAUUUAAGCAAGUUUACAAGUUUUAAUUAAUAAUUGAGUUUUUUAUAAAUUUUUUUUAUACAAAACAAUUUAUUUUCAUAAUAAAAAUAUGUUUUCAUCAAUUAUCUUACGCCGCAUUUUAUUUUACUUAAGUUCUUACAUUUAUUUUUGAAAUAAAUACUUUUACAUUUUUUUUUAAUAUUUUUAGAAGUUUUAGCAUUUUUAAGUGUUGUGUAAAGCCGAAGUCAAAAGCUCUUUUCGCUGCCUAUAGUUUGCCUCGAUUCAUUCAUAAUAGGUAACUGUAUAUUUUUAACUGACUUUAUUAUUAUAUAGUAUAUACCGUUAGUUUUAGUAGCUUUCAAUGUUAAACUUGCCUGUUUACCUCACCUCACUUAUGCAUUUAUCGAGUACCAUAUGGGCCAACAGCUUUUCAUAAGUUUUUGGUAGACGUGAUUUUUCGUACAUUCCCCAAUAGGCUCUUUAUAUAUAAUUUAAAUACUGAACCAAUAAGAAUAAGGAUAAAGAAUAAAGAAUAAGAACGAAUUGUAAUAAGUGGUAAAAAAUUAAACUUGGAAUUAAAAGAAUCUUUGGAGUUUGCUGGAAAUUUUUAAUUUUCGGUAUUUCGUGGGAGUGAUCCUUUUAUAAAUGGUUUCUCUGUCUCUAAAAGUCAAAUAUUAAAGAAUAACAAUUUUCAAGGUGUUUAUUAAAAGUUUGUGAACCCAAUUAUAGCAAUCAAACAUUUCAUAACAUUCCAUAGCUCUCACGUAAAUUUAGUGAAUCGAAUGAAUGUAAUUGUGAGUAAUCCAGCUGUGGUCGAGGCUCCAAACUUUUUCUCCAAUCACGUAUUCUAGUUUAUAAUGGUAAAGAAAUUUCUCUCGAUGAAAACCAUAUUUUAUGGCCGCAAAUGUAAAAAGUUGAUCUUGGCAACAUCUUGUUCCACCAAGACGUGGCUACGUGACACACAGCAUGUGCAAUAACCCAAUUAUUGCAAGAAAAGGUUGGAGAUUCAAUUACUUCAAGAAAUUGUGACAUUGAAUGGCCUCCAAGAGGUUGUCAUUUAACAACAUUAUACUACUCCUUGUGGGGUUAUUUGAAGUCAAUGGGCUUUAGCAAUAAACCAGACUCUCUUCAAGGUUUAGAAGUCAUUAUUGAGCGUGCUAUUCAUGGCAUGCCACUUUAUUUAUUGAAAAAAGUACUGGAAAAUUGGGCUCAUCGAAUUUGUUUCUGCAAAAGUGGUCGUGGAGGUCAUUUGAAUGAUGCCAUAUUCAGAACUUAAGUGUUUCGAUUGUCCUUCACAUAAAAUAGAAAACCAUUUAAACUUCCUUAACAAUUAGGAAUUAUUUAAAGAAAUAAUACCACUCUUAUUGGAAAACUUUGUAUAACGAACUCAUCAAUGCCUAAUUUUAUACAAUUUAUAUUAUUUUUUGUAAUUUAGCGAUAUUAGUUUGUAUAAAAGUAAAAAAAAUUGUCUCCUUACUAUAUAUAUGCUAUAUACUAUAAAGUAGCCUUGACAUAUACAUACAUAUUUAAUAGUAAGUUCUUUAAAAAGAUACUAAAUUUACUACUAAUUUUUCGUAGAUUAUUUUUGAAGAUUUUUUCGCGUCGGUCCCAUCUGAAUUUUGUUUGAUGAAUAUAUGCAAACAUACAUACAUUUGUAGUAAUAGUAAUUAAAUGCAACAUAAAGUUAAAAAUUUAAUUAUAAAUAUUUUGAAACGUUUAAUGUGUAGCAGAAGCAGCAAAAACCCAGCAUACCCUCCGAUUUGACAGUCACAGUUUUGAUAAUCACAGAUUAAUUACAUGCAAAUGGUUUACAAAGUUAAUUAUUUUCAUCAAAUGCAUACUUCGAAGAAUUAUUUCAAUACUCAACAGUCCAUCUGUCACUUAUGCAUUUCAAGUUCAUCCAUUGAAUUAUAUCCCUUAAAAAUUCCUGCAUCUAAGCAAAAGUAGUUUUAUUUCAAAAGCGCAAUAAAAUGGUAUGAAGUAGCAUAAAAUCAGAUUAAUACUCAACAAUACAGUCAUUCCACAGCGUACACCUACAGGCAUAGUGCAGUAAACAUGUGUAUUCAGAUAUGAAAAAGCAUAUCAGAACUUAAUGCGCGUGCGCAGCAGCAAAUCACAACGAGAAUUUUAGAAUCGAUGACAACACUACAUUUUCGAAAUAUACAUAUUUACAUCAUAUUGUAUCCUUAAAUUAUUUUUGACACAAUAUACCAAAAUAUUUACAUUAACACAUACAUAUGUACAUUCCAUUGAUGCAUUGAUCCAAAAUAUAAAAGAAAAAAUCAAUACAAGCAGAGUAGAACAUUACUAAAGUAUCAUCGUAUGACAAUAAGCUCAACUGUGUUUCAUAAGGUUAAUCGAGGGCCUAACAAUAUUUAGCAGUAACAAUUUAUAUUUAAAUAAAUUAAAAAUUAAUAAAUGAGUCGAGAAAAAAUACUUAAAGAAAAUAAAUUGAUAAAAAUUAAAUUAAAAACUUAAAUCAAAUCGAAUUAUAUAAGAGAAUAGUUGAAAGCAAAUGCUUCUAGAAUAGUUAAGCAACCUGUAUAGGAUUGUUCAGAUUAGUACGACAUAUAUACAGAUACCAAAACUGCUAGCUAAUGACAACACUAAUUGCAGAAAUAGAAUAGUUUUUCUAAGACACACAAAGACUUCAUCGAAAUGAAUAUAGAGCUUACUAUUUAUUUUAACUUACAAAACAAACAUCGAGUGACUUUCGGAAAUGAAAAAAACUUCUCAAAAUCGACAACAGUUAUGAAGAGUUAUUGUAUUUGAGGACUCACCAACAUAAAGGCGACAGUAAGCUACACAACACUAGUGAUAGAAGGUCCCCAUAUGAAGGCCUGCAAAUUUUACCGUAAUCAAAUAAUGUCUGAAAGGUUAAUUGUCUUAAUUUCCACCCAGGAGAGACUUUAGUAGUUUAUUGUCUUUAAUAUUCCAAAUAAAAUUUGCCAACGCUCUUAAUCAAUCACAGUCGAAACUGUAGGUCAGACCAAUAAAACAUGUACUAUAGCCUGUGUUCAUUGCACAUGUGAACGUAUAUGCCGGAAGGGGGCGUGCGCCCAGAAUUCUAAACAUAUGGAACCUGAAAUUGUAUUUCUCGGUUCACUGAAGUUAUACGCUAUGUGAAGUACAUCUAUAUAUAAAUUUACAGUGGUAUAAAAUUAUACUUUUUUAUAUGUGCUGCAUUUAUUUUCAAAUAAUUUUUUUAUCAAGCUAUUUUAGUUUCUCCAGUUUAAUUUUGAGCUCUUUUCAAAUUUCUCCUAUUUCAAUUAUAGUUAUCCACUCUCUCUAUAAAUCAAGUAGACUGGUAAGGUCAUUUAAGGUUUUUCGAGAUGAGAGAAGGGCAAGAAAUUUAUAGCUCUUUCAGAAAACUUAACUGCUAGCUUAUAAUUAAACUGUGAGUUCGUUUAAGAAUCUUGUCCUGAAACUUUUAAAUAGAAACGACGGUUCUUCAAUUGAAUGUGACCUGUAUAAAUUUCGAAGCUCUAAUUUUAUUUUAAUGAAGUCUUUGCUGUGUUCGUUUGGCGAUUAACUUGAUAAAAAUUUAUUAUAAGGAACUAUACUCACACAGCUAGGUUUAUAGAGUCUCCUUUGAUGGAGUAAUUAAGUUGAGUACUUAGCUCACAAUUAAACGAAAGUAAACUUAAAUCAGCAUACAAUACCACUAAGGAAAAGUUAACGUUAUGAAAAAAAUUAUAACUGUACAUAAAUGAGCGUUAAUUACAUUAAUAUUACGUACUAAGGCAUACAUAUCUCUAAACAGAUAAAAUUUUUGAAUUUGAAAACGAAAGAAACCUCAAAAUCCUCAAAUUGAUAUACAAAGUUAAGAUUACAGACUUUUUAUUCUAAAAACAAAAAUAAUUAACAAUUCGGUAAACAAAAAAUAUCAACGUAAAGUGUUGUGCAAACAUAUUGGCCUUCUCCACAUGCAAACAUACUUAUGGACAUGCAUAAAAUAUAUUUAGAAAACUUAAGGUAAAGUCUUAAUAAAUAAACAUAUUUAUGUGUGAAAGACAGCAAAACAAUUUGGAGUUAAUUUCUGACUGAACGCAAAGUAACAACGAAAAUUAGAGAAAAAUAAAACAAUUAACUUAGCUAAAGAUUUAAAAAACAUAAAAUUAACGGUUUACAUACAUAUAUAUACUUGUGAAUAUUACCGAGAAAAUUGUAUACUCAAACUUAGAAAUCGUAUAAACAAAGGUCUUCCUGUAUAACGGUGUAUACAUUAGUGAAUAGCGAGAAAAAUAUAUUUAUCCGAAUAUAGUGUUAUAAAAACUCAAUUCUUCAACUAAAAAAUGUAGACGGCAUGAAAACUAUUUAAUAAUUUGAUUUAGCUGAAAUGUACAGUUAUUUGCUACAAUUUAUUUACGGCAGUUGGAGCUGUAGGGAGAAACCAAAAGUAUUGUGUUUUGAAUUAAAAAAUAGCAAUUGUAGUCGAUCUUCUAUAGUGAAUAAACUCCCAAGACUGGUAGAACCUUUUUUGAGGGUUAAUCUAAAUAUCUACUAUAUACAAUAUUUUAACUAACUAGUCAUUUUUCCACAAGAAAAGAGCUUUUGGCUUGGCAUUUAGUGAUAUUUUCAUAGUUUAGAAUAUUUUAUUUCGCGUUUGGUGUUUCUAUUGCUAUAUUUGCGAAUUUAUUGUUUUGAUUUUUAGUAUAUUAAACUAAACAGUAUGUAUUUUAUUUUAUCAGAAAUUCACAAAUGUAUGUAAAUCAGAAUCAGAAGCCCAAAGAGUAUUCGAAAAUACAUCUCUCUGUUAUCAUUGUCAAUUAGAUGCUAUCAAUAAUACGGUGUAAACGCAACAUUAGUUCGAAGACACUGCGCGACACAAAUGCAAUUAAUCUGCAAUAACACCACACACUACUAUACAUACAUACAUAUGUAUAGAAAUACAACCACAUUCAUAAAAAACACAUACAUAAAAACUCACAUCAGUACUUAAGAUUCGUAGCUGGGGAAGUGAUCACGCAGAUCAAAAAGAAAAUAUCAGUUGGUUAAAUAUAUGUAUAUUUAAAUAAAUAUAUAUACAUAUAUAUAUACAUAGAUCAGAAGUUGAAGACAGUGCUCAGUGUAAACUAGGCAUUAUCAGUCGUGCGUUAAACUUAAGGAAAUACAAUAAUGAAAGCAAAAGCAAUUCGUUUCUUGGAAAUAUACUUAAAAUAAGUUUAAGCUAUUUCGUUAAGUAUCAUUCGAUAUUAUAUAUUUCGAAAAUGCAAAUAUAAGCUAAAUAAUUGGUUACUUGAAAAAUGUUGUUUCCAAACUGCUUUAGGUUCAGUUAUGCACUUUUCAAUAAUCUACUUGAAAAACUGUUGAAAAUAAGUGCACCAUGUAUGACUUAUACAUACAUACAUACAUAUUUAAACAAGUAACUACUGAUAAGUUAGAUUUAAGAGAGAAAUGAAAGGGCAUGAACAAAAUUAAGAUAAAGCGAUAUCAAUAUAUAGUAAAUUGUGUAUAAAAUAAUAUUGAAAAAUAUAAAAAUUAAUGAUAUUUAUGAUCGUUUGUAAUUUCAAUAUCCAGGCAACAGCUACAACAAUUUUGCUUGAUAUAAACAACACAAACUUUGCAGGUUUUCCGAAAAUGUACUCAAACACUUGCCAAAUAUAAAUCCUUUUCGCUUAACCAUUAGUUGAUAACUGUUUAAACUAUAUUGCUUGAAACUUACAAAAAAAUGUAUUCCACAUUAAUGCGAUUUACUCAAAUAUGUUCAUUUGUUACGCGAUAAGCAGAAUAAAAAUUAUAAAUUACUAAUUGAAAGCAAAAAAAUAAAUAAAUAAAUAAAAAGUAAAACACAGUCUUCGAAGGGUCUACAAAUUAAUUUUA